GAGGGAGGAAACAAAAUCUGAAAAUCAUCGAUAAGAAUAUCUCUCAGUGUCCACAACCCAGAUACCGUACCUCUUAGAACACUGCAAAUGGCGUUAUCUACACCGAGAUUUUCCAUUUCUGCAACUAUUUUUCCAAGUAUUUCGAAAAAUACGUCCAAUAUUCUGCAGCCCUUCAUUAAUUUUUCGCAAUUCAGUAGAAGAAACGCUAGCUUUGGUUGUAGAUAUGGUUUAUUAUGUUGCUAUGCGGCGGCGAAGCAGCAGAAGAGCGGCGGGGCGCCUGCUACGAAGAGGAAAAAGAAGCCCAGUAGUAAGAAUAAUAGUAAGACUUUGACUGGAGAUGAUUUUGUGAUUGAAAAGAGUGGAACUGGUGGUGGUGGUGGUGGUGGUCGUGGGGUGGAGGUGUUGGAGUCGCCGUCGCAGUCGGACCAGUCACCCUACACGGCGCUGCCACUGCCGAAGCCGCCGGCGGGUUUUGUUUUGGAUGAGCAAGGGAGAGUUCUUAUGGCUUCUAACAAACGUAUUGCUACUAUAGUUGAUUCUGCGAAUAACUUACCCCUGGAGUGUGUUAUAAGAAGGGUAUUUAGCAAUUCACGGGGAGAUGAAUGCAUGCUACUGUGCCCAGUUGAUACGUUAGUGAUGAAGAAGUUGAUGCUAUCCUUCCCACUGCAGCAUAUGCUCUCGCGAAAAUACAUAUGCAUCUUGUACACAGUGGAUUUUGUUAUACAGCACGAGGAGGUUUUUGCUACACGGAGGAGGACAUAUUUGAAUUUCACAUAGAUAAUGGUGAGGAUGUAGAAGGUUUGCCGACUGAAGGCAUUGAAAUUGCAUGCUUCCAUUUGGAUGGUUCCCACUAUAUGAUUUAUACACCUUCUGACCCUCUUCUUUUUGUUGUGGUGAAGGAUAAAAAUGGUGUAUUACAAAUAGCUGAUGAUGAACUCUUGGACGAUCCUGCUAUAAUUAGCGCCAUAGAUGAAGAGACUGAAUUCAAUGCCUUGGUGGAAGAAGAGGCUGCUCUUCUUGAUUCACUACUCGGAAAAAGGUGAUUCAGUUGUUACGUUGUAAAAUUUUCUGAAGGAAGUGCCAGCCUCUGUUGACCACACGGACAACUCCAAGCAGCGGUGCCCAUUUUCUAAAUUUUAUUGCAUACAAAUCAAUUGUAUGAGCUAUUAAUAGAGCCCACUUCUUGCCUGUGCAAAACGAGUAUUCUGCUUAGAAAAUUUUUAAUCGGACUAUACCUGUUCGAAUAGAACCAAUCACACUGCAAGUUCAAUAUAUUUGUAAUGUGAUUUAUCA